AUGGACCUGGACAGCAAAAGGCUGGUGGUGGUGGUACCAAACGAAGUGUCGGUGGCCCACCGCAAACCGCUCAGCAGUGAGGAUGAGGCAUGGAAAACCUUCCUGGAGAACCCACUGACAGCAGCCUCAAAGGCCAUGAUGAACAUCAAUGGAGAUGAGGACAGUGCAGCAGCUCUAGGGGUGCUGUAUGACUACUAUAAGGUUCCCAGAGAGAAGAGGUAUGCACCCAGUGGCAUUAAGCCCACAGAGCCUUCUGCUCACGGGCACAGCAACUGCGGAAAGUUGGACAUGGUGGGUCACCAGCUUCAAGCUAUGGUGUCACUGCCUGUUAACCUCUCUUUAAACAACAGCACAACCACUGAGCACCAGCAGGGCUACAAAUAUGGAGCUGAGAGCCACGCAGGAGAUUCUAGAGAAGGAGAUGGUAAAGGUAGAGAAAAUGGACCUCUUGCUCUGGUCAAGACAGAAAGCCAGGCAACCAUGCCGCUUUCAUUUUCUGGUGGCACCUGCCAAAAAGAGCCUAGAGACCAGAUAAGGAGGCUGUAUGAGCAAAGCUGUUAUGAUAUGUCCCUCACUGGCUAUUUGAGAGACGAACAGAGGAGCAGUCCGGACAGCACGUAUGAGGAGCCAGUGGAAAAAGAGAUGUACCACAAAAAUUCUUCCUCGGGAGUUGAUGAAUUUCACCACAGUCUACCAGCUGACAGCUUCCGGUACAACCUGGAGGCCACGUUGUCUCUCCGGCCACGCCAAGGAGAAGGACCCAUGGCCUACUUGAACCGCGGCCAGUUCUACCCUUUGACGCUCUCUGCGGCCGGCUUCAGAUCAUCCCUGCAUCAGCCCAGAGGCAAAGUCGGAGUGACUGGAGUGACAUCAUCCCAUGGAGCUGAUAGGAGUCUAUCCAGUAGUGAUCAGUGCACCGUGGGAGGCUCUGAGCUGCCACAGAACAGUAUUGUACAGAGUGUCAUCAUGGUUGUCUUUGGGGAAGACAAGGACAGAGAUGAGCAGCUGAAGAAUUGGAAAUACUGGCACUCACGGCAGCACACUGCCAAGCAGAGAGUGCUGGACAUCGCUGACUACAAGGAGAGCUUCAACACGAUCGGGAACGUGGAGGAAAUUGCCUACAAUGCUGUUUCUUUCACAUGGGAUGUCAGUGAAGAAGCCAAGGUCUUUAUCUCUGUGAACUGUCUGAGCACAGACUUCUCCUCUCAGAAGGGUGUGAAGGGGAUGCCUCUGAUUAUUCAGAUUGACACGUACAGCUACAACAACGGCUGCGGCAGCAGGCCAAUCCACCGAGCCUAUACUCAGAUUAAGGUCUUCUGUGAUAAGGGUGCUGAGAGGAAGCUUCGUGACGAGGAAAAAAAGCAGCUCAGGAAGAGUAUGAAAGGGAAAAAUCGCAGCUCGGGGUUGACCACUCCGAUAAAGAGAGCUGAAAGUGCGCUGUUCAAAAGCAUUGGAGACCUGGACUCCCAGCCCGUUCUCUUCAUUCCAGACGUCCACUUUGGAAACCUGCAGAGAGCGGGGCAGGUGUUUGCAUUCAACACUGAAGAAGUUGAUCGAAAUGGAGGUGUUUUAAUGAAGAGGGUUUCAUGUGUUGGCCAGGAAGACCUCUGUCCACCUGCACUAAAGAAGUCCAGAGUGGAACCAGAAAGAAAAGUUCUACUAUAUGUGAGGAAGGAGUGUGAUGAAGUGUUUGAUGCUCUGAUGCUGCACAGCCCAACCCUCAAAGCUCUGAUGGAGGCUAUCUCUGAGAAAUAUGCGGUGCCUGUUGAAAAGAUAGCCAAGGUUUACCAAAAAAGCAAAAAAGGGCUCCUGGUGAACAUGGAUGACAACAUCAUCCAGCAAUACUCCAAUGAGGACACCUUCAUCCUGGCUAUCGAGAGCUCGGCAGACUCCUGGCGUGUGACUCUGUCGGAGAUCUGA